AUGAUUGGGAAUGACGCAAUUGAUGACAUCAUCGAACCUCUCUUCGGGAUCGAUGUUCCUGGGUUUGAAGUCACGAGCUACCUGAUCUCUCGAUACACCGGUUACAAUGGAGUUAAAGAUAUCUGCAAUGCACUGGAAACGGCAUUUACCGAGGUGGGCUGCGGAAAGAACUUGACUGCUGAAGAGAUUCUUGAGAUCUUAAGAAACGUAGAAAUCACCUUAGAUAACGUAGCAAAUGUUGCUGAAGAGUUGGAAGACGUCACACGCAUGGACCAGAACAUCUUCCUAGAGGGUAUCAAUGUGGUUGCAGAACUUUUCGAGGAUAUAAAUGAAAUAAAUUCUACAGAAACAAAGGUGACGAAAUCUAUGGUAGGAAUUGUAAAUAACAUCGCAGCUUUACCUGACGAACUGCUUGGUAUGGCCGAAGAAGAGAAUAGCUCUCCAAGCCGUGUUGUCUCGGCUCUCGAAGCACAGCUUGCUGUCGUAGAAGUGGAAAAUGGAAGUAGUCGGUUUGUGGAAACCAAUGUUGCUGCUGAGGUACUUGAUGUGACCACCGAGGACAUCAGCCAGGGUUAUACUGUCUUCAUGGCUGUAACUGAUGACGGUGAGAGCAUCUCUGACGAAGACUUCAAGGUGGAUAGAGGUGACCUAACGCAAGAGCCAGAAGCCGCCCAGGCACAGGCUACACUCUUCAUCCCAUCGGGUUUAGCGGACAAGUUUUCUGGACGCAGAGGGCGUCUCGUCAUCACGACGUAUCGCGUGCCAUCUCUGUUCCAGGAUACGGGGAUUGCGCAGUUCAACCAAGAUGUGGAAGAAUUCAAUCGAACCUUGAAUUCAAGGAUCAUUUCGGCGUCUAUCAAUAACGAAAAGGUGGAGGAUUUGAGCGAACCAGUCAGGAUAUCGUUCACUCCUCUAAAUCCAAAGGGGACCGAUGCUCAGUGUGUAUUCUGGGACUUUGACGACAAAUCCUGGUCCCAACGUGGAUGUAACAAGACGAGUAAUGACACCAGUGACAGGAUUGAAUGCGAGUGUAAUCAUCUGACUAACUUCGGAAUUCUCAUGGAUAUCUAUGGAGGAGAACAUUUAUCGGUUGAGGCAGAUUUCAUCCUCAAGAUCGUUAGCUAUGUUGGUUGCCUGAUUUCAAUAUCGGGCCUUGUUAUGACAAUCUUUACAUAUGCCACAAACAAAAAGCUUCGAGACCGGAAACCCAACCAGAUUCUCCUAUCCCUCUGCUGUGCUUUGCUAGGACUCUAUGUGGUCUUUAUAGUCAUGAUAUCAGUGGACACUAAACGGGAUGUGACUGAGCUCUCCCCUCUCCCUUGCUCGAUCCUGGCUGCAUUCCUCCAAUAUUUCAUCCUGGCAGCUAUUUUCUGGAUGGCCGUUGAGGGCUUCAACAUGCAUAAUCUCCUCGCACUGGUCCGAAAUUAUUAUUUGCCACGGUUUAUGAAGAAAGCUUCGUUGAUCGCAUGGGGUUGCCCUUUGUUAAUAGUCGGGAUUACUGCAGCUGCUUCAAGACAAUACUACGCACAGACAGAUUUUUGCUUCCUUGCAUUCUGGCCUUUAAUCGGUGGUCUCCUAAUACCUAUUGGUGUCGUCAUGAUCUUCAACUUGUUCAUCUAUGUUCGGGUCCUCAUGCGACUGAACACUAAAACUAUGAAAGGGAAACACCUUGAUAAAACAGAGAAGCGCCUGCGGAUUCGACGAUUCCAGAACGCAGUUUGCAUCCUGACUCUAAUGGGUCUCACGUGGUCGCUUGGUUACCUGAGCAUCAUACAACCAGCCAGUGCGGUUGUGCAAGGAAUCUUCACUGUACUGAACUCUCUUCAGGGGUAUUUCAUCUUCAUGCUCUAUUGUGUUAUGCAGCCUCAGGUGCGCUUGACAUGGCGUUCCCAGUUCAAAUGCUGCUUACCUAAAUAUUUCACGACGCCCUCUGCGGUCAGUUCCGGUUCUGGACAACCCAGCUCAACGCUCCAGAACAGCUCAGCAGACCUGAAGGACGGCCCGUUUCCAACUCGGACUCCAGCGGAAAUCCAGAGACAGGAGGCUAGCUCUACUGGAGAGACUUUCUAGAGCUUUGUAUGAUAAUGCUGGUACAGAGUGGUGAAGAUACCAUGUAGAACUGAUAGAUUUUGGAUUGGACCAAAGAGUUGUAAAAAAAUCACACAUUCGAGUAUGUUUUCGAUGCAUUUAUAGCAGUUCAUUCCGAACGUUCUAUGAAUACAUCACUUAUUUCUUCUGUUACAGAUCUCCUUGUAGUUGAUUGAAUUUCCGUUGAUUUUCAUUAUUCGAACUGUUAGCGGUGGACUUCUAACUGGAUGGUUUUUGUGUAAUAGGAUUAUUUCCCUUUUAACGAGUGAGUGAAGAAGAUGCAUUUUUUAAACAUGUUUAUGAUAUACAUUAUGAUUUUUUCGCAUGGUAUAAUUGGUAUGAAGGUAACCUAUACGUAUGCUGCAAAUAAAACAGAUAGUUUUAUGUUUCACGUGGAAAACGAAAGCAUUAUUUGAUUAUAUACAGAUUAAAUUGAGAAUCUCACCAAUUAAUUUAACAAAUAUUAUGAAUGAAACAUAAAUAGUAAUAUGAGAAUAUAAGAUUUAUAUAUUGAAUUAUGGGAGGUGAAAUUAUAACCCCUUGGGAAACAAUAUUCUUGAUGCUGCUACCAAUGUGGUCCAUAUUUUCUACCAGGUAUUCCCUUUCCCCUUCCAUCCUUGAUCGAAUUAUCGUUUCUUCUGCCAAUGAGAAUACGGAUGCGCGAUGGCUCCGUGGUAGAGCAUCGGUCUCUUAACCGGGAAGUCCCAGGUUUGAAACCAAGUCGAGGCGCCAGUGCCCUUUGGUAUUGGCAUUAAUCCUCAUUACCAGGGUUUUCGGAGAUUACUUAAAGCUGUCUUUUCUUUUCUUUUUACAAUGCCAUUGAUUUCAUAAAUUUGCUUUCUCUUCUUCUUCUUCUUCUGCCUCUU